CAGAGGGCGCGGGCAGCAUAAUUUCAAAGACACUGAACCAUAAUGACGCCGACGACGAUGAUGACGGUGGCGGUCUCGGAGGUCUACGAGUGUGGAGUGUGGAUGGAAAAACCGGUUCACACGCGAUGAUGAUGCUCUCGCCGUGGAUGCCUUGCCGUUUGACCUAGCCCUCAACUGCCAUGACUGCACUCAGCAGUUCAUGCAAGUUCUCUCAGGUGCCGAUUGGAGUUUAGUUGAAUUUCGUUCGAUUUUAUCGAAAAACUUGCGAGUUUAAAAACCAUUCAAAAGUUAACCUCUUCGGGACUGGUGAACGGCAGCGACGAUGACCAUCGACCAGAACUUGGAGGUGAGCCUCGACCCGACAAACCUGCAGUUUGCGGUGUUCAGCGAUGAGGACAUCAAGCGGAUGAGCGUGACGAAGAUCGUGACGCCGCGUUCCUUUGACGAUUUGGGGAAUUCGAUUCCGGGCGGAUUGUACGAUGCGGCCAUGGGUCCCAGUGGACGUUCGGAGGUUUGUGCCACCUGUGUGAAGGACAUGGCGCAGUGCGAGGGUCACUUUGGCCACAUCGAGAUCUGUCUGCCGGUGUUCAAUCCGUUCUUCAUCAAGACGGUGUACAACCUGCUGCGAAUCAGCUGUAACGCGUGCCACCGGCUGCAGAUGUCGGACCCGUUGAAGGAACUGCUGCAGCUGCAGUUGCAGCUCGUGGACGCCGGGUACAUCGUGGAAGCCGAAGAGCUCGAAAUGUUCAAGGCCAAAGUGUGUGCCAACCCGACGGAACCGUUGCCGGAGGCGGUGGCUUACUACUCGGAACUGUUGAUGAACCACCCGUACAACAAGCUGGCCAACACGAAGAACUCGGAAGCGAUUCGGACGUCGAUCGUGAAUAGUACGCUGCGAGAUUGUGUUCGCAAGAUUUGCAUCUCCUGCAAGGAGGCCAUCCAGAAGGUUCGCGUGUCCAACAAGCGGCUGGUGUUCAGCAUGACGCGCGCCGAGAUGAGGGCUUUCUACGAAAAGCAAGGCAAGACCGAGAUCCCCGACGAAAAGACUAAGGCCACCGUCAAGGUCGUGCUCGCCGAAGAGGCCCAAAAGUCGUUCCGCGAGUUGUACGCCAACGACGGGAAGCUACUGACCCUGUUGUUCCCAAUCAUGGCGACCAGCAGUGCCACGAUGCGCCAUCCGGUGGAUUUGUUCUUCAUGAACGUGAUUCCGGUGCAGCCGCCGCUGGUCCGGCCGGUACGUCGCGUUGAAGGGCAGGAAAUCCUGGAGCAUCCGCAGACGACGAUCUUGCGCAAUAUCCUGAUGGCAAACGCCGUGCUGAGAUCGAUUCUGGUGAUGAGUACGAAGGAUGACGAAGCUUUGGGUGCGAUGGACGUUGAGAUGAAGAAGGUGUACGAGUCGGCGAAGGGAGGGACCGGGUUGGAGAAGCUGUACCUGGCGUGGAUCGAUUUGCAGAACUUUGUCGAUCAGUCGUUGGAUAUUAACAUGAGUCAAGAGAAGCAGAAGGGACGAGGUUGUGGGCUGAAGCAGAUCAUCGAGAAGAAGGAGGGUCUAGUGCGGAUGCACAUGAUGGGAAAACGUGUUAAUUACGCGGCUCGUACGGUUAUUACGCCGGAUCCGAACAUUGGAGUUGAUGAGAUCGGGAUUCCGAUCACGUUCGCGAAGAGGUUGACUUAUCCGGUGCCGGUUACGCCGUGGAACGUGGCUGAGUUGCGCAAGAUGGUGAUCAACGGGCCAGACGGAUAUCCGGGGGCGAAUAUGGUCGAAGAUUCCAACGGGCAGGUUAGUAGGAUCUCUGGGCAUAACGCAACUCAUAGGGAAUCGAUGGCGAAGACGUUGCUUACGCCGCACAGUUCGAACCAGCAGGGCGUGAAGAUCGUCCAUCGUCACUUGCUGAGUGGAGACGUGCUACUGCUGAACCGUCAGCCGACCCUUCAUCGUCCCAGUAUCAUGGCCCACAAGGCCAAGAUCCUUCCCGGGGAGAAGAUCUUUCGACUGCACUACUCCAACUGCAAGUCUUACAACGCCGAUUUCGACGGAGACGAAAUGAACGCCCACUUCCCGCAGAGCGAGCUGGCUCGCUCAGAAGCCUAUAACCUCGUGGCCGUUCCCCAUCAAUACCUGGUUCCAAAAGACGGAACCCCCCUGGGCGGUUUAAUCCAGGAUCACAUCGUGUCCGCCGUGAAGCUGUUCAUCCGAGGAAAGUUCUUCAACCGCGACGACUACCAACAGCUGGUCUUCCAAGCCCUAAGCAACCACCGCGGAGACAUCGAACUGCUUCCUCCGACGAUCCUCAAACCAGCCCGUCUCUGGUCCGGCAAGCAGAUCAUUUCGACGAUCGUCAAGAACAUCAUCCCGCGCGGAAUGCCCCACAUCAACAUGAUCGGAACGUCGAAGCUUGGCAACAAGCACUGGCAAACGGCACCGCCGAGACCGUGGACUGCCGGAGGCACCCCGCUGACCGGCAAUCAGAUGUCCGAGUCGGAGGUGUUCAUAAGAAAUGGUGAACUCCUCGUCGGAAUCCUCGACAAGAACCACUUUGGUGCAACCCCGUACGGCUUGAUCCACUGCAUGUACGAGCUGUACGGCGGAAACUGCUCGACCUUGCUGUUGUCAUCGCUGUCUCGACUGUUCACGUACUACCUCCAGUGGGAGGGUUUCACGCUGGGCGUUCGGGACAUUCUAGUUCAGAAGCAGGCCGACAAGAAGCGAACCAAGAUCAUCCAAGAGUGCCGUAAGAUCGGACACUCCGCGGCAGCUGCCGCACUCGAUCUCCCACCCGACGUCUCACCAGAAGUCCUGAACGCCAAAAUGGAGGAGGCGUACGCCAAGGACCCAAAGUUUCGAGCGAUCCUCGAUCGCCAGUACAAAUCCGCGCUCGAUCCGUUCAACAACCAGAUCAACGAGGCAUGCAUUCCGGACGGACUGAUCAGCAAGUUUCCGGACAACAAUCUGCAGCUGAUGGUGCAAUCCGGAGCGAAGGGUUCCACCGUCAACACGAUGCAGAUCUCCUGUCUGCUGGGACAGAUCGAGUUGGAGGGUAAGCGACCCCCGUUGAUGAUCUCUGGCAAGUCGCUGCCCAGCUUUGCCAGUUUUGAGACAUCCCCGAAGUCCGGAGGAUUCAUUGACGGACGCUUCAUGACCGGAAUCCAGCCGCAGGACUUUUUCUUCCAUUGCAUGGCAGGUCGUGAGGGUUUGAUCGAUACCGCCGUCAAGACCAGUCGUUCCGGAUAUUUGCAGCGUUGCUUGGUGAAGCAUUUGGAGGGGUUGAACGUGAACUAUGACAUGACCGUGCGGGACAGUGACAACAGUGUGGUCCAGUUCAUGUACGGUGAGGACGGGAUGGACAUCUCCAAGGCCCAAUUCAUCGAGACGUCAAAGCAGCUACGGUUCUUGGAUCUUAAUCGGGACGCGAUCGUGCGACCGGAGAUCACCAAAAAGCUUGUCAAUGAUGAUGAUCUGAACGAGCAGAUCAAGGCGCAUCUGAAGAAGGUCAAGGCCUGGAAUAAGAAGCAAGGUUCACUGGUACAGAAGCGUAAGAUUUCCGCUUUCGCCAAGUUCUCCGCCGAAACCGCGGAAACUCUUCGCGAAAGCAUGAACGAUCCUGAUCGUCUAAAGUCCAAAACGGGUCGCACCCGUCUGACGGAGAAACUCGCCAAAAAGUGGUACAAAAUGGACCCGGAGGUCAAGGCCAAAUUUUUGCGCAAACACCCACGUUGCCCGGACCCCCUUUUCUCCGUCUUCCGACCGGACAGCUGCUUCGGUGCCCUCACCGAACACCUCGAAGAGCUCGUCAAAAACUACGAAAAUUCCCAGCAAACCCCGCAAGACAUGUCCCAACUGAUGAAGAUCAAAAACAGUGGCGCCCUAGCUGCCCCCGGCGAACCCGUCGGUCUCCUCGCCGCCCAAUCCAUCGGAGAACCGUCCACGCAGAUGACGCUGAACACGUUCCACUUUGCCGGUCGUGGUGAAAUGAACGUCACGCUCGGUAUUCCGCGUCUUCGUGAAAUCCUCAUGCUGGCUUCCAGAAACAUCAAAACCCCAUCCAUGGAGAUCCCCUUCAAGCCGCACAAGAGUGCCAAGAAGCUGGAAGCGAUCGCGGAGAGGAUGCGGCGCACGCUGAACCGCGUCACGGUGGCGGACGUCCUCGAGGACAUCAAGGUCAAGUCGCGGCUGGUGUUGAGGCCCUCGCGUGGAAUGCAGCACGUGAUUCGGUUUUCGUUCCUGCCGCCGGAUGCGUACCAGCAUGACUACCGGGUGGGCCCGAAGGAGAUUCUGCACUACAUGUCGCGCAACUUUUUCCGCCACAUGUUCCGGAUCAUCUUCAAGUCGGCCAAAACGAAGAAUGUGCUCAUCGAAAUCGCCCAGGAAUCGUCGAAAAAGGACGCAGCAGACAGCAGCGGCGGUGGACCGGAAAUUGACGAGCAAGCCGUGGACAGCCACGAACCGGACAUGUCCCGGCUGAAGGAAGCCGACGACGGGGAUGCCAGCUCGGAAGACGACGAAGAUGGCAACGCGAACGAGGGUGAUGCCGAUGCAACCGAGUCCCGCCGGAAGAAUAAAAAGAGUGACGAUGUUGGGUACGAGAGUGAGGAGGAUGAUGAUGAUGGGGAAGAGGACGAGAUGCCAAAUUCACCGGAAGGGGAGGAGAAUGCUGAAGGACAGGCGGCGAAGGGUGAAGAGGAGGGUGAAGGUGGGGAGGAGAAGGAUGAAGCGUUGGACGUUUCGGACAUUCAGUUGAACGAAGACACGGAAAAGAUGCUGGUGACCAAGCAGAGUGACAUGAUCAGCGAUUACACUUACGACAAGGAACACUUCCGGUGGGUCCAGGUCAGCUUCCAUAUGCCGAUGAAGUACAAGGACAUUGAUUUCACCAAGAUAUUGCGUGAAAUCUCAGAAAAGUGCGUCGUCUGGGAGGUCCCGAACAUCCGGCGAGCGAUCACGUUCCGUCAGAACGAUCAACUCCACCUCAAAACGGACGGCAUCAACGUGUUCGCCAUGACCAAGUACGCCGAAAUCCUCGACCUGAACCGGAUGUACUCCAACGACAUCUACGCCGUCGCGCAAACGUACGGCAUCGAGGCGGCCUCGCGCGUCAUCGUGAAGGAAGUCCAGAACGUGUUCAAGGUGUACGGUAUCGAGAUCAACCCGCGUCACCUGCUCCUCGUCGCCGACUACAUGACCGCGGACGGAACGUUCAAGUCGCUGAGUCGAAAGGGCAUGGAGGCGAACGUUUCGCCGCUGCAGCAGAUUUCGUUCGAAUCGUCGAUUCAGUUCCUGAAGGCGGCCACGCUGAAGGGCAACGGAGAUCACCUGGAUUCACCGUCGUCGCGGUUGAUGGUCGGAAAGCUGUGCAAGAGUGGGACUGGUUCGUUUGGGCUGUACAACCAGAUAAAAGUGUGAGAGGUGAGUCAGAGUGAGAGUGAGUUUGGCGUGGCCAAUUAUUUGAUUUGAAGUUUAAAUAUAUUUGCUUUUCGUAAAGUUA